AGGAAGGCGAUCCGGCUGUUUCUCCACGACCCACCCCAACUCAAGGCCAGUGGUGUGACCUUAGCUCCAGAGUGAAGGAGACUGAGGCUCCAGGUGGCUCUCUGUCCCACCCCUGUGUGUAUGCUGGGUAUUGGGUGGCUGCAUCUGUCAAAACGGCCUGGUGGGGCUGCUGGAAGCUCAAGAGUCCUCCUCAGACAGGUGUCAGCAACUCCAGAAUGUGGCUGCUUGCAAGCCUUGUGCUGCUCCUGACCAGCUGGGGAGUGUCCGGCACACCUGCUCCUCUCGACUCAGUGUUCUCCAGCAGCAAGGAUGCCCACCAGAUUCUACGCAUCCGCAAACGUGCCAACACCUUCCUGGAGGAGCUCCGGGCCAGCAGCCUGGAGCGGGAGUGCAUGGAGGAGAUCUGUGACUUUGAGGAGGCCCGAGAAGUUUUCCAAGAUGUGGAUAAAACACUGGCUUUCUGGUCUAAGUACUUCGACGAGGACCAGUGCUCCGCGCCGCCCCCGGAGCACCCGUGCGACAGCCCGUGCUGCGGCCACGGCAGGUGCAUCGACGGCAUCGGAGGCUUCCGCUGCGACUGCAGCCAGGGCUGGGAGGGCCGCUUCUGCGCGCACGGUGAGCGGCUCAGGCUCCCGGGGAGGGGUGGUGGGGGGCGGGGAGGCUGUGGUGGUAGUGAUGGGGAGCCCUGCGCCGGCACACGGCGUGGGUGGCAUCGUGUCACCAUCCCGUGCCCUGCAGAGGUGCUCUUCUCCAACUGCUCGGUGGACAACGGCGGCUGCGGGCACUACUGCCUGGAGGAGGACGCGGGUCGCCGCCGCUGCAAGUGCGCGCCGGGCUACCAGCUUGGGGACGACUACUUGGAGUGCCGGCCCAAAGUGAAAUUCCCUUGUGGAAGGCCAUUUAGACAAGUUGAGAGACGUCGAAAGUACCUGAAGCGUAGCACAGACCAAGUAGAUCCACAAGCAGACCAAGUGGAUCCACAAGCAGACCAAGUAGAUCCACAAGCAGACCAAGUAGAUCCACGACUUGUCAUGGGGAAGCUGACUUCAUGGGGUGACAGCCCCUGGCAGGUGAUCCUGCUGGACUCGAAGAAGAAGCUGGCCUGUGGGGCUGUGCUCAUCCACACGUUCUGGGUGCUGACGGCGGCCCACUGCAUGGAGGACUCCAAGAAGCUCACCGUCCGGCUAGGAGAGUAUGACCUGAGGCGCAAGGAUAAGUCGGAGGUGGACAUAAGCAUCCAGGAAAUCCUCAUCCACCCCAACUAUAGCCGGAGGACCACAGACAACGACAUCGCGUUGCUGCGCCUGGCGCGGCCCGCCCCGCUCUCGCCGACCAUCCUGCCCAUCUGUCUCCCAGACCGGAAUCUCUCGGAGCGUGAACUCACCCAGGUGGGCCAGGAGACGGUGGUGACCGGCUGGGGCUACCGGAGCGAGACCAAGAGGAACCGCACCUUCGUGCUCAACUACAUCAAGAUUCCUGUAGUCCCGCGCAACGAGUGCAUCCAGGUCAUGCACAACGAGGUGUCGGAGAACAUGCUGUGCGCAGGCAUCUUGGGCGACCCUCGGGACGCCUGUGAGGGUGACAGUGGGGGGCCGAUGGUCGUCCAGUUCCGAGGUACCUGGUUCUUGGUGGGCUUGGUGAGCUGGGGCGAAGGCUGCGGGCGCCUCCACAACUACGGCGUCUACACCAAAGUCAGCCGCUACCUCGACUGGAUCCACGACCACAUCAGGCGCGCAGAGUCUCUGCUCAAGAACCAGUCCCCCUAGUGUCCCUCAUCCUGGCCCUACACCCCGGUGGGUCACUCUUGGAAUGGGGGCUGACCUG